AUGAAUCAUUUACGUUUCUAUGAUUGGAGUGCACUCACUCUCUUACUCGUCUUACAUUUCACAGUUUUUGGUCCAAAUAUUUACACAAAAACAUUGUGUUCUCUUUUAUUCAUGUACAUUGGAUAUAAUCAAUGGAGACAAAAGAAGGAUGGAGGAAUUAUUCCAAUAUUUGUAUUUAUUGCAUUGAUCUUGGCCAUGAUUGGUGACAUCUUGUUGGCCAUUCCGAAUGGAUUUAUGCCAGGAGGAUUUUCCUUCUUGUUGUGUCAUGUUUUUUAUACCUUGUCGUUCGUGGUGUCAUUUUGGAAGAAUGUUGAGAAAACAAGAGAACGAUUGUUGAGUGUCAUGAUUCCUGUAGUGUGUGCACUCUGUUUAUAUCUCUAUGGAUAUUAUUGUGUUGUGUUGAAUAUUCAAGAUCGUAGUGCUGAUAUUCUAGUGAUUCCAUACUUGUAUGUGAUUUCAACCAUGACAGCCUUAUCGAGUGGAGGACAAUCCAUGAUGAUACCCUCUCAUUUCCUUGUAUUUAUCAAAAAUUUAUUGAAAAAGACAUUUACGAGACAAGAACCAUUCUCUGAAAUGGAAAGAACUUAUUUGAGGGUCAUUGGAGCUGUAUUGUUUGGAAUUAGUGAUAUCUUUGUGGCACGUCAACAAUUUUUAGACAAAUCACCAACGAAUGCCUUGUUUGGAUUACCCAUUUAUUACAUCGCUCAGAAUUUUAUUGCUUAUUCCAUCUAG